AUGUGGCUGCGCGACCCUCGCAACUACCGCGAAGUGCACGAGUCCAGGACGCAGCAAUGUCGCGAGGGCCGCGGCGUACUUUCGCAUCGGGCAUACGACGGUGGGCGAGUGGUGGCGCAAGAGAAAUCGGAUUUUGGCGGCGCGGAAGGAGUCGAGGACGAAUCGGAGGGGUGGGCAGAAAAAGGACAAGGCUGGAGUGGCUACGGUGCUAUGAAAUGGAUGCUUGCAAAACACAACACCAGAUCGCUAUAUCAUUGA